AUGUAUGCAAGAGGUGUUGUGGUGCUUGACACCGGGGAUCGGGGGCCUGUGUCCGGGAGGGGUGGGGGAAGACUGCGGCGGGUAACCGGGGCAGGGGAGAGGCCGGGAGAGCGGGCUGGGCCGCCCUCAGGCCGCGGCUGGCGGCCCGGACGCGUGGCCUCCAAAGAAAAGGCCUGCCUGCGGAGGCGCGGGAACCGGCGGGACGGGCCGAGCGGCCGCCGGAUGCCUGGAGACGCCCAGCAGGUCCAAGGUGUCUCUCCUUCUAUGAGGUAUUCCAUCCUGCUGCUGCUAUGCAUGACCAUGUUCGUCAGUGUUCUAUGUGUGUGCACCAGGAACAAGCUAACCUCCCGGGCUGUUUGUGGGAACACCACCGUACUUGCCUGCCCAUUCACAGGCGAAGGAGAGGAAAUGGAGGUCACCUGGCAGAAAAGGAAACGUCCCGUUGACUUGGUGGUCUACAGAUCAGCGAGGGCCGGCAGCAUUCAGAGUGGGGGCCGGAUGACAAUGCAGCCAGGUUGGAGCAAAAGAAGAGCAGCCGAUCUGAUUAUCCACGACAUCAGGGUGGAAGACGAGGGCACCUACGUUUGCUAUAUCCGUCUGAAUUCAAUGUUCAAAAGUGAAAUUUGCUCUGAGGUAGUCCUGGAGGUAGAUAGAGGUGAAGGAAAUGUCUGGGCAAGUUCCACACAGGUCACAGUAGGGCUAGGGGAAGAUCUGGUCCUCUGUUACGCCCACAACCCGAAAUGUUUCAGCUCAAACCUGAAGGUGACCUGGAUGCACAACAGCAGCUUGUUUGCUUCUGUGAUUGUUGACCACAGGGGAGUCAUGGAACAGACCCCCAAUGUAAAUGCCAGUUAUGCUGAUGGAAAUGCCACCCUGCUGCUACAAGAUGUCUCAGCUGCCCAACAAGGAAACUAUACGUGCUGCUUCAGAGACGACACCUCCAAUCCAGAGUGCUGUGUGGUCUCAAACGUCAUCAUCACAGAGACCUGGAGCGACAUGGAACCAAAUCUGGGGAGACGCAAUCAACAUGCAGUGACUGUGUUACUGGUUGUUCUGCUCAGCUGCGUGAUCAUCCUGUAACAAUCUGGAGGAAGAUCAUUGAAGGCUGUAGUUCAUAGCUUCAGGCCCCACUCCCAGGUUCUGAAUUGGGAACUGUGUGAAACUUGGUUCAUCCCAGUAUGUAAAUAAUCUGUGUGUUGGUCCUCCAGGUACCAUUACAAAAAAAAAUUCCUGAAGCCAAG